GCAUUCCUGCAGGCAUACUAACAAGCACAGGGCCUGCCUGUGAUCUACAGAACUCGUUCUUGUUGAACUUUUUGGAGACGCGCCCACGGCUGUAAAAGUUAUUAAAACGGACUUUGGAAUAUCGAGCAACUUUGAAAAUAACAAAACAAUUUUCCUAGUUCCGGUUUCUUGACUUUUGAAGAGGCGCUCUUUUGCUCAGUGAGCUGGAAGUGUAACGAGUGUCGGCAGUUUUCUCUGCGCUUUUUAUAGCCUGGACAGUUUUGCGGUUCUUUUCUUCGUGCAACGUAAAUCCACGCUGACUUACUUUUCUUUUGUUCGCUUGAUUGCGACAAAAAAUAUAAGAGUAAAAAAACGGUACUCCGGCGAGUGCUUUUCAUCCCCGUUCAAGAAAUGGCUUUUAAUGCUGACGCGAAGCUGAGACCCCGUGGAGCGGGCAACAACCCCAAAGCCACUUGCGCGGUGUGCGCGCUGCUGUUCCGCGAGCCUAAACUGCUGCCCUGCCUGCACACCUUCUGCGCCGAAUGCAUCAGCCGCCUGGAGCUCUUCAGCGGGCAGGGAUCCAAGGGCUCGUGCGUCACCCUACUGUGCCCGGUGUGCGAUACUGAAGUGUCUCUGCCGCCCACAGGAGUGGACGGCUUGACCACCGAUCAGCUGGCUGCUAACGAGGUGCUGUUGGAGAGCCUGCUGCGGGAGGAGUGCGAGUUAGUGUGCGAUCUGUGCGGAGAGGAGGGCGCUGAGAGGCGCUGCCAAGUUUGCGGGGUCAACCUCUGCAGCUUUUGCUGUCAGGCACACAGGCGUCAGAAAAAGACUGCUUCCCAUCGAACAGUGCGUCUGCAAGACCUUAAGGGUACUAGCAAAAUUGUAAAACCAGUCCUGUGCAUGGUACACCCUACUGAAGAGGUGAGACUGUUCUGUGAAACAUGUGACCAGCCUGUCUGUAGAGACUGUGUGGUUGCAGGCCAUCGUGAACAUUCCUGUGAAUAUGCGGCUGACAUCAUACACAAGCAUGGAGACUAUGUCAGAGAGCUUGUCAAGUGUGUUCAACCACAUAUCAGCGUGUUGGAGGGAGCACUUGGUGACAUUGAGCAGAUGCACAGCACAAUUGAGGCGAGGGCAAAUGCCCUCUCCAUUGACAUCCAGACAUUUACAGACGGCUACAUAAAGUCAAUAGAAAAGCAUCGCAAUGACCUCCUGAAGCAGUUGCAUGACCUCCAAUUCCAAAAGAGCAACCAACUUCAUCUACAGAGAAUUCAACUUGAGCAUAUUCUUUCAGAUGUUAGGACAGGAGUGGAUUUUACAGAACGCCUACUUGCAAAUGGCUCUGAUUUGGAGAUUCUCAUGAUCAAAAGCGUACCAAUUGGUCGGCUUCAGAGGCUACUUGAAGUCAAGUAUAACCCCAUUCCAGUGGUGGAUGACACUAUAAGGUUUCUUCCUCAAGAAAGAGCAGAGGACAGAGAUGGCUACCGAAUGUACGGAGUGAUUCAGUCCAAGGAAGUAGAUCCUUUUAAAUGUGUCAUCCGCGGAGAAGGAAGCACCCAGGACUUUGACAGUCAACAGGAACUCAUUACUAGUUUUCAGAUGGGACGGCAAGAUCAUCUCACUGAGUUCACACUGAUCUGUAUCGAUUCAUCUGGGGAACAAAUGGAAAGAGGAGGAGAAAAUGUCAGAGUUGGCAUAGUUCACAAGGAGAAAAAAGAGAGUCACAUAAAGCCUUCCAUACUGGACAAUAAUGAUGGUUCAUACUGCAUUACACUCACGCCACAGGAAGUGGGUACCUAUACAGUGUCCGUGUGUGUUAAAGGCCAGCAUGUACAGGGAUCUCCAUUUAACUUGGUCGUAAGAAGUAAAAUUCGCAGACACAAAGGUGUGUUCCAUUGCUGCACUUUCUGCUCCAGUGGGGGUCAAAAAGAUGCACGUUGUGGAUGUGGUGGGACAAUGCCAGGUGGCUACCAAGGCUGUGGUCAUGGGCAUAAGGGCCACCCAGGAAAGAAACAUUGGUCCUGUUGUGGAAAUCUCAUUGAAGGAUCAGAGUGCACCUGGGGCAUUUCUGGAUUGGAGUGUGACCGUAACCACCUGAGAACUGUGGCCCUCUAAACACCUAACACGUAGCCUGUGCCAUGCUGGCACUAUAUUACCUAAACUAUUGUGGCUUGAGGAACAAGUUCUAAGUAAUAACUUCUUUGAGAAUCAGUGGUGUGUAUGAGACCAACUCCUUAAUCUGUAUUAACUAUAAUUUAAACAAAAAAGCUUAAAUGAAAUAUAAUUAGAGCAUUGACUGAUGCAAAUGUAACAGUAUUUAUAUUUUAAAACAGUAGUCAAAGUCCAAUUUUUAAUGGAGUUAUUGUUUCUAAAAUCUGUUAAAUUUACAUUAUUAUUGUAUUUUAUAUUUAUUAAAUUAACUGAACUUGUAUAGUAAUUAUAAAUGUGGGAGUACAUUUAAUUUUAUGUCUUUUGCUUUGGAGUGUUUUUUGAUGGUAAAUGGCAAUUUUAACGUCUGUUUUUACAUCACAAUUUUGAGCCAAGAUGCCAUUGUAAAUCUUCACCUUCUUGUCUCACAGCUGGAAAACUGAAUAAAGCAAACACGGGUGAGAGAAAUAGGACUUUUUAAAAAUGGGCUGCAUAUCUUUUGUCUUUACAUUAUAUGUUUUCUCUUAGGAAUUAUUAUGAAUCACUUUUGAAUUUGAUUGUUCCUUAUGUUCUGCAUUCUAUACUUCAUACAUGUUCAGGACGCAUGAACAUCAGGGUCUCAGAUGUUCAUAUGUGAAGUGUGGUAACAAUUCAAAUUUUUUUUUUUUUUUGUAAAAUGUUUAGCACACUGAUAUUUAUGAGACUUUUUGGCUUAAGAAGAUUUUUACUUUUUUCUUAUAAAUUCUGAGCCUCUGACUCUGUGCUAGGUGACUACAAUUUAAAAUUCUAACACUACUGUUGACUUUUACAUUGUUUAACUUGGAGUGAUAUAGGGUACAUUUAAAAUGAAUGCUGACAUGUCUCCUAAUGAGAACUUUGAUAAAGGAUAAACAGUGGUUUUCCAUGAGUUUGAAUACAUUUCCUUACUUGUAAUAUCCGUUGCUGUUUUAGUUUUGAUUGCACAAAGUAAAACAUUGCUGCUCUUACUUAAAGAAUUACCAGCUAUAUGUGAAAUACAACUGUUAUUAGCUGAGACUGCAGUCAGUACUUAGUAUGCUUGUACAGACGAGUUUUGGUGAGCUUUAACAUCUAGCAGUUUAGACAAUUAUGAUAAGGGAGAUGUGCGGCUAGUUUAGAACAUUGUUAUAUCAGUUUACCUUGUGAUGUGGUUAAUCAGCAUUUCAUUCUAAAGACAUCUUAGUGUGGUGUUCAGAACAAACAAAAAUGUUCCAUUAUCUAUUGUGCAUGUAAGAAAUGGGCAGUAUUUUCUCAUUUGGCUUGGGGGAGAUGUGUCGGGAAAGAUCAUAGGAAAAUUCAACUGACAGUUUCACUUCUAAUAUUUUAGCAAGAAAGUUACAACAUUUUGGACGAAAGUGGCUAAUUAGAGGUUUUUUCUUUUACAUAAGCAGGGCCAUUCUUUUUUUAUUGUUAUAAGAACAAUCUAGACUAGAACUGGCCAUUCAGCUCAAAGAAGCUCACCAGAUCUAUCCACUUAUUUCAUCUAAAAUAACACUGGCUAGUUUUGCAAGUCCCUAUAGUUCUACUGUCCAUGCUAAUGGUAACUUAUUCAAUAUAUCUAUGGUUCUGUGUGUAAAGAAAAAUUUCCUAAUUUUUUGUGCAAAAUAUACAAACUGUGUUCCCAUAUUCUUGAUGAACUCAUUUUAAAAUAAGUCUUGAUCCACUGUACUAAUUUC